AUGAAGCAAAUUCUUGCCGGUCUCCCUGACGAGUACAGCCGUGUCGUCGAUCAACUUGAAGGUCGUGAUCGUUCUCCUACUCUCGCUGAAGUGUAUGAAAAUAUACUUCACCAUGAGGUUAAACUCAAGAGUGUCGUCGUGCCUUCGUCGUCUUUACCGGCAUCCGCAAAUGCUGUGAAUGUUCGUGGUUCGCAGCACCACGGUACAUCCCGCUACAACAAUCGACAAAACAAUGCUCCGCGCAACAACACCUCGGCUCCAAGUGGCUAUCAAGGUCGUUGUCAGAUUUGUGGUGUCUAUGGCCAUAGUGCACGUCGUUGCUCUCACUUUCAGGUCUCUAGUGCUCAGUUCAACACCAGCACUCCGACAUCUGUUCCAUGGCAGCCCCGCGCUAACAUGGCCACCACAACUCCAUGGCUUUUUGAUUCGGGGGCUAUUCAUCAUCUGACUACCGACUUGAGCAAUCUCUCUCUCCAACACCCUUACAAUAGCGGUGAAGACGUCACUAUUGCGGACGGCACUGGUCUCCCUAUUUCCCACACGGGUUCCACUUCAAUCCCUACACCAACUACACCGCUUACUCUGAAUGAUGUUUUAUAUGUUCCUAAUAUUGCUAAAAACCUUAUCUCGGUUUUCCGUUUAUGCAAUGCUAAUUGGGUUCUGUGGAAUUCUUUCCGGUCUACUUUCAGGUGA